AUGACACAAAGUGGAACCCACUCACAUUGAUCAGAACACUUUAGAUUCAGAGAAACCAGCUCUCUAACACUUUGUCUUGUUUCUCUAUUUAAGUAUUUAUAACCUAAUCUAAUUCACACACACAAGCAAGAAAUAAAAAUAUCAAGCCACCAAAAAAAGAAAAAAUGGUGACCUUAACAUCAUCUUCUUCAACUCCAAAGACAUCUUUUGAUUUCAUGAAGAAUAACAACAGUCACAGUCUCUAUGCCCCUUUCCGUUCUCCUCCUUCUUCUUCUUCUUACUUGAGCAGCAAGGAAGAAGCUGUUGUCACAACCAAGAAGCUCAUGGAACCCUGCAAAACCCUAAACGUGAGCGUCAAUCCAAAAGAAGAUCAAGAGCUUGACGAUGUAACGAAAAUGGUGAAAAAAGCUCCAGAAGAUCGGGAGAUUGGUGUGUUUGGAGCUGAGAAGUACUUCAAUGGAGACAUGGAUUCAGACCAGAGUUCUAGUGUUCUAUCUCUGAUAAACCCAGAAGUUGAGAGAUUCAUAGUUGAUUCGAAGCAGAGCGCGAAGAAAUCUACUGGAACUCCAAGUGUCCGCUCUGAAUCAAGUUGGAAUAGUCAGAGCAUGUUGCUUCAGAACAAAUUGGUGAAUAGCUCCAACAGUUCCUUGCAGGAGAAGAAGAAUAACAGUGGUCAGAUUCAAAAGGUGAACAAUAACAAGAAGAGCUUUCUCUCGAAUUUGGGGUGUAAAUGCGCGUGUUCUGAUGGGAACUCAGUAGAUGUCAACGAGAAUAUAUCAGUUAAGAGAAGCUCUGAUCCCAAUAUCUCUGUUUUCACAGCAAGGAAGCUUGAAAAUCAGAUGAGUUCUUCUUCUGUGAAUCUGAACAACACAGAAAUGAUCAAGAUUCAGAAGCAAGAAGGGCUAGUGCAGAGGAAGUCUCUUGAAGUGUUUGGAUCUCCUGUAAAUAUUGAGGACAAGAGGAUAGUCAUUCAGAAGAAACCCACAUUGCUUCCAUGGGGAUCAAGAACAGAGGAGGAAGACACAAAGAGUGAAAGGAGUGAUACAAGCUCGGAUCUUUUCGAGAUAGAGAGUCUUAAAGGUAAAUUAAAACCUUCUCUUACAAGGCAAGGAAGUGAUCCAGCUUCACCUACAUGUUAUGCUCCAAGUGAAGUAAGCAUAGAGUGGAGUAUAGUGACAGCAAGUGCUGCAGAUUUCUCUGUUAUGUCAGAAUGUGCGACAAGUCCUGUGAGAAGAAACCGAUCUUCUCAGAUUCCUCGAAUCCCUACUAAUACUGUUAAAAAGGAACCACAGAGACGGAAAUCUAGUAGCAGCGGAAGUGGUGGUUACUUGUUGAGCUGCAAGAGUCAUAAAUCCGUUAGGGUUUCUGGUGAUUUAGACAGAAGAAUCAGCAUGAACAAGACAUCCCCGAGUUAUGUUCCUAGAUUCCCAAUGGAAACUACUCAACCAAAGAGCUUCGAAACACGAAGAAAGAUAAGCAACAGCUCUAUUUCUCACACACAGUCAUCUCUUCUGUAUAGUCGGUGAUUGCACAAAAGUAAAAAAAAAAACAUUUCAAUCUCUGACUUUCCUUAUUUUGUAAUGUGUAUUGAGUGAAAAACUGAAAAUAUUUGUUAAAUUUGUCUUGUUGAAUUUUUUAAUCACGGUGUCGUAUUCCACGUGAAAAUCAAAUCUGUUUUGAAGGGGUUCUUAGAGACUUCUUGCACCUAAAAAAACAUAUUCACAAAAUGAAAAUUGAUUAGAGAAUGAAUAGAGCAAUUUUUAUAUAAAAGACAGAUCUGAUUAGACAAAUUCCAAAAAUUGUCCCCACCAAGUGUUUUUCUUUGAACUUAGAUUGAAGAGAGAAAGAUACAAGUUUUGUCUUAGCUUCAAAGUGUUAAAAUCAAUCGUAGAAGAGUUGGUCACAAAGAGCUAUUAAUGAGGAAACUUAAAUCAAUGAAAGUGUCAUUUUACCAAACAUAUCUAAGAUUUUGGUCCUGAUCUUGAAGGCCAUGUGUGUCUGAGAUAAAAGCAAACUAGACAAAACCUAAACUGUUUCGUUGAAAAUGUGAAGUUAUGUGUGAGAAAAGAACCAAAGUGUGCUUACUAAGACAAUAAAUGCAAAGAGAUGUAUGUCUUUGUAGCCAACUCAUGAUGGGAAAAGAUCGAAUUUACCCAAAGUGAUCUUAUCCACUACAUUGAAUCGUCCCUUGAGUUAAUUCAAAAAGGGCUAAUUAGAUUUCAAGAAAUACAUAUGAAUGAAAGCAAAAAAAAAAAUGAUGUAUGGGUUUGAUUAAAUCCAAGAAUCAAUACAGAUCUUGAAGAUAAGUAUUGUAUCCUUCUCAAAAGAUAUGGGGAAAUAAUUGAGCCAUCACUUAUUGUCCUAUAAAAUAUUGAACUAAAAAUUGAAAAUCAGAUCAUGAUUUAACUAGUGAGUUUCCAUAUGUGGAGGAGAAAAGAACAACAGAAGCAAGAAGACAUUUCGUGUUAAGAAGGCAAAACAAGAUUACUAAUAGUGUUGAUUUCUUUUGGUUGGCCAUGCUUCAAAGUGCCCGCCUGCUUUUUCCUCAAUUGAAUAAGGCAAGUAGGUACGGAGAAUCUGAUCCCACAUGACAAAGAAUGGCUAAGAGAAGUUCCAAUUUACUUCUCACAGAGUUUGUGGUGAAACAUUCAGUGUCUUGAUCUGAAAGUCGUUCACAUGAUAAGUAGAAGGAGUAGAGUCUUGUGUGGUCGCUCGCUACAUUAGCAUUACUUCCU